AAGGUGGAAGGUGUGUUUCAAUCUUUUCAAGUUUCAAAGAAAAGAAAAGAAAAAAAAAAAAAGAAGCCUGCUUUUUUGCUUUUCUUUCCUUUCUCUGUAUGUAUGUGGGUUUUGAGGGUAUUUGCCGACGAGAAAGACAACCCACCAGUUUUGUUGCGGCUGUCUGAAGGAGAGAGGCAGAUGGCGACGGGAUCACGCCAUUUUCUCAACUAACGUACGACCAUAAACCCACCCUCCAUCCAUCUAUCCAUACCCACAUCAUUUCUCCAAUCUCUGUCAGAUUUCGAUCCUAGUAUCUUCUUCCUCAGGGCCUUAAGUUUCACAAGUUGCACUACUAGGGGAAUUUACUGCCUCGACGUGAAGAAUCCCAUGGGUUCCAGAUUCCCAUCUCAUAAGCUCAGCAGCGGCCUGUAUGUAUCAGGAAGGCCAGAGCAGCCAAAAGAAAGGGCUCCAACUAUGAGCUCAACUGCCAUGCCUUAUACUGGCGGUGAUAUCAAGAAAUCUGGAGAACUUGGGAAGAUGUUUGAUAUCCCUAUGGAAGGUUCCAAGUCAAGGAAAUCUGGACCUAUGACUGGUCCUCCUUCGAGGACUGGAUCAUUCGGAGGUGCGGCUUCACAUUCUGGACCAAUCUCUAAUGCUGCAGCUAGGGCUGGCUAUACCACGUCCGGUCCUGUAUCAUCUGCAGGCAUUUCUGGUUCAACUUCUAUAAAGAUGUCAAAUUCUGGGCCCCUGAAUAAACAUGGUGAACCCAUAAAGAAGUCAUCUGGCCCUCAACCUGGUGGAGUAGCAUCAGUGUCUCGCCAAAAUUCAGGCCCUUUACCUCCAGUUCUCCCUACAACGGGUCUCAUUACUUCGGGUCCCAUAUCUUCUGGCCCAAUAAGUUCUUCUGGGGGGCCAAGGAAGGUUUCUGGUCCGUUGGACUCAAUGGGGUCUGUCAAAGUACAUGGUUCCUCUGUUGCUCACAACCAGGCUGUGACAACUCUUAGCCAAGAUGAUGAGUAUUCCUUUGGGAGGAACUUCCCAAAGCCAAUCCUCUGGGCAAUAAUUCUUCUAUUUGUGAUGGGAUUCAUUGCUGGUGGAUUCAUUCUCGGUGCAGUCCACAAUGCUAUUCUUCUCAUUGUUGUUGUGGUUUUAUCUGCAAUUGUUGGUGCAUUAUUCACUUGGAAUACUUGUUGGGGAAGAAAGGCCAUCAUAGGAUUCAUUGCUCGUUACCCAGAUGCUGAGCUUAGAAGAGCGAAAAAUGGCGAAUAUGUGAAGGUGUCUGGGGUGGUGACAUGUGGAAAUAUGCCCCUGGAUUCGUCCUUCCAAAAAGUUCCUAGAUGUGUCUAUACUUCUACAAGUUUAUAUGAGUACCGAGGAUGGGAUUCAAAAGCUGCCAACCCUACUCAUCGUCGCUUUACAUGGGGGCUUAGAUCAUCAGAAAGUCAUGUUGUUGACUUCUACAUAUCCGACUUCCAGACUGGGUUGAGAGCAUUGGUUAAGACUGGCUAUGGUGCAAGGGUGACGCCUUAUGUGGAGGAAUCUAUUGUUGUUGAUGUCCACCCUUUAAAUAAAGAUCUAUCUCCAGAAUUCAUGAGGUGGUUGGCAGAGAGAAAUCUUUCGAGUGAUGAUCGAGUAAUGCGACUAAAAGAAGGGUACAUCAAAGAGGGAAGCACGGUUAGCGUUAUGGGAGUCGUUCAAAGGAAUGAUAACGUACUUAUGAUUGUCCCUCCACCAGAGCCAUUGACCACUGGAUGCCAAUGGGCUAAAUGUAUCCUUCCUGCUAGCCUCGAGGGUAUUGUAUUGAGAUGUGAGGAUGCAUCAAAGAUCGAUGUUAUUCCAGUGUAACUAGUGUGUGCAUCGCUAUGUAAAAUACUGCUAGUUUGUUCUCUCCCUAAUAUAUGUGGUGGCAGUAGAAUGAUGAUGAUCGGAAGCAAUUACUGUGGCUGAUGAAGUGUUUCUUCAUAUUUUUGUGCAUAGCUAGUAGGAUAUGUUUCAUUGUUUUCCAUAGAGCUUGGGAAGGUGUUGUAAUGGGAAUGUUUGUGAUUGUAGCAGUGGCGAAAUUUUUAUGAAGCGAAAGGUUGAGUUU